AGCUGCGCGGGUUGCGGGCCCGGAGCGCACGUCUUGGGCGGAUUGGGACCCAGAGCAUCCCACGGACCAGGCGCUGCGCUGCAGAUGCUGCUGCGUGGGCGUGCACUUCAGCAGCACCGCGUCCUCCCAUCCUUCCAUUCCUCCCAGUUUUCAGGUCUUGAAAACUUCGCCACCUUUGGUAUUUUGAGCCGGAUAAUUCCUUGUGUGUUUGCUCGCGUGCGUACGUGUGUAUGUGUGUGUCCCUUUCAUUAGAUGUUAAGCAGCAUCCCUGGCUGUAUCUGUCAGCAACCUGGAUCGUUCUUCCUCCGCGUUCCUAAAGAGCUGGAGGCCUCCAGGCUUUGCCAGCUGACACCUGUGGGGCAAAUUGCCGCUGUUUUUCUCCUUCGCGUUGAGAACCUUUAUCUGCGUCACAUUUUCACAGAGCCUCUAUGGAAGCAGCUGCGCAUGUCUCAGUCACUGCGGAGUCCCAGGUACCCAAAGGGGUGCAGGUGACAUGGUGGGCGCCUGAUGGUUAGCAAAGAAAUAAAUGACAUCUCGCCUGUGACAUGUCGGGUCCUGAGUUCCUUCAAGACUGUACGUUGGAUUCCUGGAGCCCUUGGUAGUUUUCUGUGCACAGAUAGCACCUGUUAGCAUAUCAGACUGAUCCUCAGUGUAAAGAGGACUGGAUUCCUGCUGCUGAUACAAUGCAAGCGUUAGUGCCCUCAGACAUGAUGGCAGGCAUCUCCCCAGACCCUUCAGCUUUGCCUCUGAGUGAACAAAGCAGGGUCCCCAGAGUGGGUACUCUGAGGGGCCAAGAAAGUAUGUUAAGAGAUGACCUGGAGUCUUUCAGGCAGAAGUUCAGGUGGUUUUGUUACUCACAGGAAGAAGGACCCAGAAAAACCCUGAAUCAACUCUGGGAACUCUGCAAGCAGUGGCUGAGACCAGACAUUCACACCAAAGAGCAGAUCUUAGAGCUGUUAGUGUUCGAGCAGUUCCUGAGGGUUUUGCCUGGAGAGAUGAGGAUUUGGGUGAAUUCUCAGCAUCCUGAGAGUAGUGUGGAGGUGGUGACCCUGGUAGAAGAUUUGAACCAAACCCUUGAAGAAAAGGAAGAUUGUAACACUCAGGCUCCUGAUGUUUGCAAAGAGGAAGAUUUGGGAGAAGAAGCGAUGGCGGCAGCUCCUCCAAGUGCUGAGGUGGCGGCUCCUCCACGUGCUGAGCCAGGUGAAGCUGUAACAUUUGAGGACGUGUCUGUGGACUUUACCAGAGGAGAGUGGAAGCUGCUGGAACCUUCUCAAAGGGAGCUAUAUAAGGAGGUGCUGCUGGAGAACUUAGGGAGCCUAGAAGUUCUGGGCUCUCCUGUUUCCAAAUUAGACUUGAUUUCCCAUCUGAAGUGGGUUAAGUUGCCAAGGGUACUGGAAAAAGAACUCUCAAAAGACCCCAGUCCAGGAGAGUCGGUAAAAGAGAGUGAGUCUAGAAGUGAAUUGGAUGCUUUUAUGGAAGAGUUGACUUUAGAGAAAACAGUAGAGUACUGCUUCAGCGGCGGUGGCUAUGGCCUGAAGACAGAAUUCCAGAAGCGGCUUGGCAAACCCGAGAAAGACCAUGGCAGGCGGAAGAGCCAUGAGAGUAAGGAGGCUGGGUCAGGAGAGACGCCCUCUGGGAAGAAUAUCAAGCAAAUUUCCGCCAUGCUCAAACAUCGGAAAGCCCUCUUAACAAAGAUGUCUCAGAGGUCUAAGGAAGGCAAGAAACCCUUCAGCUUUCAUUCAGCUCUUGUGAACCGCAGAGAGCUCAGUGGGGGGAAGUCCAGGAAAUGCAGUGAUGGUGAGAAGGACCCACGUCGCCCUUUGUCUCCUACUGAACGUAAGAGACAUCCUAAAAUUGGUUCGCUGCGUAAGACCGAGAAGUGUAGUAAGUGCGGGGUAGACUUUACUCAAAUCCUAGGGUGUAUUGAAAGCUCUCAGUGUGAAAAAUGCAGGAAGAAUUUAUUUCAAGAUGAAACCUCAAGUAAGGACCAGGAAGCCGACACUGAAGAGCCCCGUAAGUGUAAGAAGUGCGGGAAAGCCUUGGAGUCCGGUUCAAAACGCUCCGUGUGUGUUGAAUGUAGAAAUGCUCACAAAGCUAGCCCCUCCCUCAAGCCACAGGGCAAAACUGGCAGGAGAAAGAAGUCUUACAAGUGUGACGAGUGUGGGAAGCGCUUUGCCGAGGAGAGUGAUUUCAGUCAGCAUCAGAGAAUUCACACCGGAGAGAAGCCCUAUGUGUGUAAACACUGUGGGAGAGCUUUCAGCGACAACUCAUCAUUUUGUCAGCACCAGAGAAUUCACACCGGAGAGAAACCAUAUACGUGCAAGGAGUGUGGGAAAUCCUUCACUCACAGUUCUUCUCUUUCAAAACAUCAGAGGAUACACACCGGAGAGAAGCCCUAUAAGUGUAAGGAGUGUGGGAAAGCCUUUAGGCAGAAUUCUUGCCUUACCCGACAUCAGAAGAUCCACACCGGAGAGAAACCGUUCUCGUGUAAGGACUGCGGGUUGUCGUUUCGCCUCUUUAGCAGCGUCAUGUAUCAUCAAAGACUCCAUAAGGGAGAAAAACCCUACAAAUGCCCUCACUGUGAGAAGGGUUUCCCCUCGCAUUCCCGCCUCAGUCGGCAUUUGAGAAUCCACACCGGUGCGAAACCAUACAAGUGUAAAGACUGUGGGAAAACUUUCAGGCAGAGCUCGUCGCUUAAUUUGCACAUCCGAACCCACACUGGAGAGAAGCCCUACAAAUGCAAUCACUGUGGCGCGGCCUUUACCCGCAGCACGAUCCUCAUUGAACAUGUCAAAACUCACACUAGAGUAAAGUCCGAGUGUAAGAAGUGUGGUAAGACCCUUAAAAGCCGCUCAGCCAACCUUAGACAUCAAUGUACACGGUAAUCCUGGGACCGGGGGAGGGUGGAGGGGAGGUUAGUUCAGAUUGUGCCCUUAUUUAAAAGCUCGAAUCGGAAACGACCCACCGCAUCGAUGAGAAGCUUUUCACCUUCAGUGAGGUCCCAAACCGGGACUUCUUCCCCAUUGAUCCCUCUUCUUGAGGGCGGUCAGUUUCGAUUAGACCUGGUAAAGUCACGUUGACGCGGAGAAAGUGUAAAGUGAAAUGAUUCUGAGAAGACAAACGUAAGUUCGAAAAACACUUUCCUUAAGGAAUUCUCCCUUUGGUCACCCUUUCACUGCCGUACCUUGGAAAGAACAUGACGGGACUCCUUAACCUGGGUUCCAUCCCAGUUUGCCAACCAACCACUGUGUCACCUUCAACAAGUCACGUGGACCUUCUGAAGGUUAAGUUUCUUUACCAGUGGAGUUAAAGAGGUGAAGACUUCUCAGUUCUCUUCUUAUCU